CUCAAGCCGCCGCUGCAAAAGACGUCGGCGCCGCGCGACAACGAGCCCGAUGAGCUCGAAAAGCUGAAGCGAUGGCAGGAGGAACGACUCGCGCGCAAGCUGAGGGGCGAGUACGAGUCCGCCGUCCUGCGUCUUACGGAAGUGGUGAACAGCAACCUCUCGACGCCGCUGCGCAUCGCCGCCGUGCGCGUUGAGGGCGCCCCGCACACGCGCUCGUCCUUCCUCGGCUUCCUCAUCAACCCCCUCCUCGCCCCUGCCGCUGCAGAAACUUCUACCCUCGAAUCUGUUCUGCACACCACCCGCCGCAUCAGCCAUAUUCUGCAGGACAGCGACAUCUUCAGUCACGUCGAGGCCAAAAUUGAGCCGAGCCGCGAUCCGCUCGCGACGGACCGCGACGUCGAUGUCGUCUUCAAGACGCGCGAGAAAGGCCGGUUUUAUGUCAAGACUUCCACUGAGUUCGGGAACAACGAGGGCGGCGCGAGCGCGACCGCGCGCGUGCGCAACGCCUUCGGCGGCGCCGAAUCCUUCGAGGCCAACCUCUCCCUCGGCACCAAGACGCGCCGCGCCUAUCACGCGAACCUCGCCGUCCCGCUCUCCCCCACGCUCCGCACGUGGGCGGACCUGUCCGUCUUCGGGCUCGACCGCGACAACUCGAGCUUCGCGAGCUGCACCGAGGGCGUGCGCGGUGUCCGGGCUGCAGUCAGGAGCGGGACGUUUUUCUCUGGACGGCAUGAGCUUGCAUACGAGGCCGUUUCACGACAUAUCGGGAGCCUCAUCCCCUCGGCGUCGAUAAGCAUACGCGAAGCGGCAGGGGAAACGCUGAAAUCCUCCAUCUCACACUCGUGGACGCUCGACACGCGGAACGACAAGCUCGCCGCCACGCGCGGCGUCUUCCUCAAAUUCUUCCAUGAAUUUGCAGGGCUCGGCGGGGACUCCUCGUUCUACAAGACCGAGGCGGAGGCCCAGUGCUCACGGCCGAUCCUACCCGGUGUUGCGGUAUCAGGCGCGGUGAGGGCUGGCUUGCUGUGGGGUAUCGGCCGGCCGACGUUGUUACCCGACCGGUUCCAGCUCGGCGGGCCGACCAGCGUCAGGAUGUUCAGGGCAAAUAGUAUGGGGCCCCGAGACGGUCCGGAUUCAUUGGGCGGAGACCUGUACUACUCCGCCGGCCUGAGUGUUGUCUCGGACUUACCCCGCAAACCGCACUGGCCGCUUAAACUACACGGAUUCGUCAACGCCGGAAGGCUAGACGCCCUAGACAAAACAAAAUCCCUGCAAGAAAACGUCGUCUCCUGCAUAACGAAGCCCGCAGUGUCUGUCGGCGUCGGCCUUAUAUACCGCUUCGAUCCGGUGCGGCUGGAGGUGAACUUUGGUGUCCCCCUUGUGGCGAGCAAGAGUGAUGGCUAUAGGAGGGGGUUCCAGGUUGGCAUGGGGCUGGAUUUUCUGUAG